GAUCUUCUUGGGCGGUGAAAUUGAAGAACACGCGCAUUUUGGGCGCACAGAAUGUUCUCUAUUUAUGAAAAACUCAAUUUGAUCAUCGUUGCUUCGUUGCCUCUAAGUCACAUUCCACAGACCGAUGGGUGCCAUAUAGCCCAUAGCCCUGGCUAACCUAUGAUCAGCGCCUGCCCGCAUUCAGUGGCUCCAUUGAUCUGCACACCACACCACACAAAAACGCCUCCAGGCAGCAUUCUAUUCAAUCGUUUAAGAUCAGUGCUUCGUUCUUAUCCUGAAAAUCCACAGCACUUAUUCCAACCAACGCUGUUACCUGAAUUCUCUCCCCAAAGCCUACGUAUACCAGUCCACGCAUUACUAUUUUUGAUCACAUUCAGAGAUGGGAAAAUGGUUCAGUCGGAUUCUGAAGCCAGAAGCGCCCAAUCCAUCCCUCGUCGACAUAGAAGCGCGCCGGCACGCAGAGGCGGCUGCUGAGCAAGCUCGCAAGGAUGCAGAGGCUGCCAGGGCUGAGAUCACCAAGCUCAUCCAGGAGAAUCAAGAAUCGCAGCAAAAGGCUGUCGAGGCUCAGCAGGCCGCCAUGCAAGCCGCGGCAGCUGCGCAGGAGCAGACUCAUAAGGAAAUGAUGGCGAUAAUGCAGGCCGAACGGGCCGCCACAGAAGCCCGCUCUCUGGCGGAAGCUGCUGCCCAGUCCGCCAAUGAAGAAGCGAAGAAGAGGGCAGCGGAAGCAGAGGAGGAGCGGAAGCGAACCAUCGCUAUCCAAGAACAAGCCAAAAAAGACGCCCAGGCUGCCCAGGAGCAGGCCAAGAAAUUUGAGGACGCCGCUAACGAGGAGAAGAGAAAGGCGGCUGCCGCCCAGGAGGCGGCCAACGUGUCGAAGAAAGCAGCGGAGGAAGAAGUAAAGGUGGCCAAUGCUGCUAAGGAGGAGGCUGAACGCAAGUUGAAAGAUGGUAUUCAACCUGUCGUGACGCCCACACAUCAAGAGGUUCUCGCUGCCAAGCAGAGGGUUCAAUACCGCGAGGAUCUCUUCCACUUUGCAGUAGCCGGCGUGGCAGGUGGAGGAAAAUCAUCUCUCAUCAACGCCUUGCGUGGCUUGCGUAACAAGGAUAUCGGAUCUGCCGCCACUGGCGUCACCGAGACAACGCUGAACCUGGCCAGAUACGGUAACUCCAAUGCGGAAUACCCCUAUGUCUGGUACGACAUUCCUGGCGCGGGCACGCUCAAGAUCCCAGACUGGCAGUACUUCAACGCACAAGGACUCUACGUCUUUGACUGCAUCAUCGUCUUGUUCGACAAUCGCUUCACGAUGACGGACAUCGCCAUCCUCACCAACUGCAGGCGUUUCAAGAUCCCCACGUACAUCGUCCGCUCUAAGGCGGACCAGCACAUUCGUAACGUCAUGAAGGAUAUGGGGUACGACAGCGAUGAUGAUGAAGACGAGGAUCAAAAGAAGAAGCUCUAUCAGACUGCGCGGCAGCAGUUCAUUCAGCAGACCCGCCAGAGCGUCAAAGACAACCUGGAGAAUGCGAAUAUGCCCAACCAAAGGGUUUAUAUCGUUUCGAAUGAAACGAUGCUCAGCGUCGUCAAGGAAAAGCGGCCGAAGAAGGUCAUCGACGAGAUUGAGUUGUUGAACGAUUUGAUCGGGGAGGCCCAGACCAGGCGAGCAAGCCGUGAUGAAGCGGCGAGUAGUGCGAAGGAUAAAAAGUCGAUGUAGUCGGUGGUGCUACCUUUCUUCAUAUGUUCCUUCUUUUGGGCUGACGUCGUUACUGCUCUAUUCUCGAUAUGAUCAUUCCGCUUAUCUUCGCCGCCGACUCGCAGUCGGUG